AAAGACUACUAACAAGGGUACAGUGAUGUCACACAAAGAAUUUGGCCAGAACAUCUAGAGUACUCUAGCAGAAGAUUACCUAUGAGUCUGAAAUAUGAGAAUAUUUGGUAUUUAGGACGUGGAAUGGCGGCGGAUUACUAGUAGAAAUAUAACUACGUUGGGGGACUGAGAUAUUUGGUCUUCUUACUCGUGCUUUGCAAUCGACCGCAGCAUACAAGCUUUGCCAAGAACUUCAAACAGUUGCAGCCGGCUCCGACGUCUCAAGAUCACGACCUUAAACUCCCCCGCCCCGCCUGCUCCACAAUCCAUCAGUGCCACGCUUCCACUGCAAUAGUGAAGAUCAGGACAAUCGAGCAUCAUCUGUAUACUUUUACAUAUAUAUACGGACGUUGAUCGUGGGAGGAGACGCCUCGAGGCUCAUAGAUUUCACGGCGCUUACACAUCACAACAGCCACUCGACAACUGAUGCGCCCCAACACAUCGUCCUCCGCGCCCUGCUGUGGUUUCAGCUCAUAAUGGCGGCCCAGUCUAUGAAGAUCUCAGUUAUUUCUUUUCCGGAACCUGCGACUUUGAACCCAGGUGUCAACCUUGACGAUGUUCUUGUGAAUAUUCCAGAUAAUUUAAACAGCGUCAGUAAUCUCACCCUAGGUCAAAAUAUACAAACAUUGUCGACAAAUGGCAAUGAUGGAACUGGACGAGCCCAGGGGCUGUUAUAUGUUCCAGACCUAGCUGCUACGGAUCCAUGCUUCAACCUGUCGAAACAACAUAUACCAGCGCUUGCCGCUCGAAGGGUAGACUUCCCAGGUGAAAACCUUAAAUUUAUUGCGCUGGCGCCAUGGAUCAACUCAACAUGCAGCCUGUCCUUCCUGGACAUGGCCUCGCUGGUCUCUCUCCAGGCCUUCAUUUUCUAUACAACUGAUAACGCGGACACCAUGCCGCCACCAAUCAGUUCGCCGGUUUGGAAUAUGCAUGAUGGUGGACAAUGGAAAGCAGCACACCGCUUCCCUGUUUACGCUGUUCCAGGAAGCUAUGGAAAUAAUUUGAUGGAUCAAUUAAGUCGAUAUUCCGGAAAUUCCUCGUCUGUGCCAUUUGGAAAACAGGUCCUCGAUUUAGAAGGUGUGGAAACCAACAGUUUUGUUCGGGUUUAUACACAGAUAGCUACGGACUCUUCGUCGGGCUCCUUACCAGGGCUGUGGGUUUUCCUCCUUAUAGCGAUUGCAUCACUCGGCGCUGCCCUGAUGUUGACCUCAUUCUUCAUGCACUUUAUCCAGCGCCGACGGAGACAAAAUCUACGCCGACGGAUUGCCGCAGGCGAAGUCAACCUAGAGGUUCUUGGCAUCAAGCGCCUUACCGUGCCCGUUGAAACAAUACAGAAGAUGCCGGUUUACAUCUAUAUGUGCGAGGACACCCCCGCGCCACCGGCGUCCGGAGCAAAGGGGGCCACAAGUGAGGAGGGGGUCUUCAACAUUCCUGUCAUCAACGACCCAGUGACAGGGCUGAGAAUCCAACCGCAAAUGUACCAGCCUCAGUCCCAGCCGACCUGCCCUAUCUGCCUCGACGACUACGAGUCUCUGAAGGCUGUAGUCCGAGAACUUCCCUGCGGGCACAUCUUCCACCCAGAAUGCAUCGACCACUUCCUCAGCAAAAACAGCUCUCUCUGCCCAAUGUGCAAGACCAGCGCGCUUCCAAUAGGGUUCUGCCCGCCCGUGAUCACCAACUCGAUGGUCCGUCGCGAACGCAUUGGAAGGCUCAUGGACGAAAAUGCCGAGACACCGGAUUCAGGCGACUGGCGAAGCAGAGCAAGACAUUGGGUUAAUCGCCGGCGUAUUGGAGGACCUCACCAUGUCUCAAGUAUAGAACUAUCUACUCCUCGGCGAGACAGCACGACUCCGGCUACCGUGAGCGCACCCAGCCCGGCGUAUAUCCCGGAAGGAACAAGUAGGCAGGCGAUUGUGGAACUCAGGAGUCAGGAACUUAUGAGUAAUACUGCCGUUGUGAAUGAGGAGGCAGUCGAGGAACGGCCACGGCCGAAGUGGAGAAGGGCUAUCCACAGGGUGUUCCCGACACUCUGAUAAGUUUGCCGGUACAUAUAAUUACUAUAGUGAUGUUUUACGGUUAUGUCUUGAUUGAAACGGCGCAUGAUACCAGAUGGAGGAUUUACAGCGAGUUAUUCAAUUUGCGAUACCAGUCUUUACUGCAAACUCGAGGUACAGACGGGUCUGUGGGGUGUUUUGCACUUAUCUUUGGAGCGCAGGGUUGGGUUUGGUAGGUAGAUUAUUGGGAGCGAGCGGCAUCGACCGGUUUGGAGGGUUUGACACCUGGGGACAUUCCGGAGCGAAGCGCAUAGCAAGCACGGUGUACAGACUGGACAGGUACAUACUGUAUGAGAGUUGAGGGGGAUGGUAGGGAUUCUAAUGGGAAAAGAUGUACUGUACAUACAUGCAGCGUACAAAAAACCAGUCAAAGUCCUCGGAAAUCCAGGGGAAGAGAUAGGAUAAUUCGGAAAAUGAUAACUGUUUUUACCCUAUAGGGAUUCCCAUGGUUGCACAAGG